AUGGGUUUUAGAAGACCUUUGCGGGUCUGGGAGGAGGAAGAAGCUAACAGACUUUUUAAUUUGCUGUUCAAUGCACCAUCACUAUGUCCUACCAGAUCUAAUAAGCUCAAGUGGGGUGCAGAUCCAGCUGCUUUUUUCACUGUUUAUCAAUUUUAUAAUUGGAUUGAAUCUCAUCUAGGACCUAUUAUACCAGUGGCUGCCUCAAUUUGGAAUAACUUUGCCCCUCCCAAAGUGCAAUCCUUUGGGUGGCUGGCUUGGCUGGGAAAAAUUAAAACUUCUAAUUUCCUCCAUAGAAUUGGUAUACUGCUAGGGAAUGCAAAUCUUGAUUGUGUUUUCUGUCAUAAUGAGGUUGAAAUUGUGGAACAUCUUCUCCUUUACUGCCCUUUUGUUUCGUUGCUUUGGUCCAACAUUGUUAGAUGGUGGGGUAUGCAGUGGGUGUUACCAGGUUCAGUGACUGGAUUGUUGCGUUGGUGGUCUAGUUGUAGGAUGAAGAAGUUGGAGAAGAAAAUUUGGAUGGUUCUACCUUUGGAAGCACUGAAAUGA